GGGAUAAUGCAGCAGGCUUAUCAUAAACAACAAACUGAAAGAUCCUAUCAGCCAACCUGAUACCUUUGACCUAAUAACCAACACACAGGCUCUGUAAGAUACAAUCUUUAGGAGAUUUUGAUAUACACUGGGGAGUUUAUCAGGACAGUCGCUGCUGAAACAUGCCAUCACAGGUGAAAUGAGCACAGGGUUGAAAGUGUGUAUGGGAGGGGAAUAAGUUAGUGAAAUAGACCGUUCAUAGAUUGGAGGGUGUGAGCUGUCAGUUGAGUGGACACAGAGAUCUCUCCACCCACUUGGAGAUUAAAAUGCCAUGAAAGGGAACAUCUCUUACAAACGGUCAUCGUGUAUACUACUGCAAGACCUCAAAUUCUUCACAAUUUGCAUUUUUUAAAAAUCUUUUAUUGUUCAUCACAAUUACUGCUGGCUCAACUAUAUGAUUUCAAGUGGAUACAUAUUGAAGAGGAGAUUCUUUGUUGGACUGCAAUAUGUCCUUGUGUUUUGAGAUGAGAGUUACAACAUGCUCUCUGUUCAUCUUGGGCCUGCUGUGGGACAGUGUGAGAGCUGAAAAUACUCUCAGCAGCCUACGAGCAACAGCAGUAGCGUGGGAGGGGGAGCUGCCGUGCAGAAAGUGGGACUGUGAGUGUGCAUUUAAGCGCCAGCGAGGCUGCUGCUGUGCUGCCCCUGAGCUCCAAGAAGUGGAGGAUCAAAUCUUUGUGAGGGUGAUGAACCUGUUGACAGACAUGUCCCAGCUGGAUGACAGCAUCCUCGAAGUCAUAGGAGGGAUAAGGGUUGCGUUUACAGCUUCCAUGAGUCACAGAACAAACUGCUUUGGACCUUUCACCAGGAACAGCCCCAUCCCGUAUGAUGUUAUCACCCUAAACCAUGGAAGUGGAUAUAACCCUGCUUUGGGUAUAUUUACAGCCCCUCGUUCUGGACUGUACUCCUUCUCCUUCUCAGUCUACUCCAAGGUGGGCAAGGAAGGUGAGAGGAUGUACUACAAGGUGCAACUCAUGAGAAACGGGGAGGUGGUGGCAUCCACAUGGGAAGACAACAGAGAGGACUCAGAAGACAGCAGCUCUCAGACAGUAUUGCUGUCACUGCAGCAGGGAGGCCAGGUCUAUGUAGAGCUGCUGAAUGGCAGACAGCUAUGUGGGAUUGCUGAGAGCCUAAACACCUUCUCUGGCUCCUUGAUUUACUCCACAAGCAAAUAAAGCCAAAAUGACACAUGAAGUUAUAGAUGAACAUACACAACAAUAGAUUGAAACACGCUAAUGCCUUACUUCUAACUGCACUGUAUGGGAAUUUUUAGAACUUUAAUAAAAAAUAUGC